UACACUGAUCAUCAGUGCCCUGAUGAUCAGUGGCACUGAUGAUCAGUGUAGCCCCAGCAGUGCCAACUUUCAGGGUCCAUCAAUGCCAGCUGUCAGUGCUCAUCAAUGCCACCUGCCAAUGCCCAUCAGUGCCACAUAUCAGUGCCACCUAUCAAUGCCAGUCAGUGCCACCUAUCAGUGCUGACAGUCAGUGCCGCCUAUCAGUACCAGUCAGUGCUGCCUUUCAGUGCCCAUCAGUGAUGCCGGUCAAUGCCCAGUGCCACCUACCAGUGCCUCCUCAUCAGUGCAGCCUAUCAGUGCCCAUCACUGCAGCCUCAUUAGCGCACAUCAGUGAA